GCGGCGGCGGCGUGCGGGGCUUCACCGUGCACCGAUCUGCCCCUUUCCGGGCCAGGGGCGGGGAGGGCGGGGGGGGGGGUGUUGGCUCGGCGCCCCGCCAGCCAGCCAGCCAGCCAGCCGGCCGGCCCCUCAAGCAUGGAAGCCCCCAAGCCGCGGCUUUUCAAACGCGCCGCUUCCCCGGGCGGCCGGCUUUGCUCUCCGCCGCCGGGCUUGACGUCAGCGGCGGCGGCGGUGGUGGCGGCCCCCAGCUGCCCUGACAGCGUCGGCGGCAGCCCCCCGACCACCGUCGUCGUCGCCGCCCCCGCCCCCGGUUUGUGCUGCGGGGUAGCGGCCGCUUGCAAGCCGCUCGCCUCCUCCGCUUCGCCCGCCCCGCCCGGCAACGCCGUUUACACGGUGCUGGUGGAAGAAGAACCAGCAGCAGCAGCAGAAGAUCCGGCGUCGCUCCGGAGGAGGAGAGCCCGGCGUAGGAGCUCCGAGGACGGCGGCGGCGGCCGGAGUCGUCCCGCCGGGGGCAGCGGCUGCGCCCGAAGCAAAGUCCAGCUUUUGCAAAAGAGUUCCAGUCAUUGUAAUGGCAAAGCGUUUCCAGCGGAGUUGGAGCCUGCCAAUGGCCACCUGAGGCUCACGCCGAAUCCUGUGGUGCUAAAACAGCCGGUGGUGGAAGAAGUGACGGCUCUGCGACUCCUGGAUGAGACUCCCUUGCACCAUUCGGCCUACAUCCCGGUGCCCCGGCAGAGAAAGCCAACGGAGAAGGCUGGAAUUGACGAAGUCACGGCGGCCGCAGUGCUUACCAGCCUGUCUACGAGUCCGGUGGUGCUGGGCCAUCACCCCAAUGGUUUCAGCGCAGAAAUGAACUGUGACGUGUGGAAAGCAGCCCCCGUGAGGUCUUCCAGCUGCUCCAGCAGCAACCACAGUGGCGAUGGGAGCUGGGAUCCCCCGAGUGACUUUUCCACCCCCUCCACUCCUUCACCGCCCCUGACCGCCGACAUCACGACCAGCAUCCUGUCCUCCCUGCAGUCCGACCUGGAGGAAACAGAAGCCACCCAGUUUCUCUUUGGGGAGCCCGUACCCAGGAAGAGGAAGAACUCCACGAAGGUGAUGUUCAAGUGUUUGUGGAAGAGCUGUGGGAAGGUUCUCAGCAGUUCCUCGGGGAUGCAGAGGCACAUCCGAGCCAUUCACCUGGGGAGGAAGGCUGACCUGGAUCAGAGUGAUGGAGAGGAAGAUUUUUACUACACCGAGCUGGAUGUCAACGUGGAUUCCUUGACCGACGGUCUCUCCAGCCUGACUCCCGUCUCCCCAACCUCCCCGGUUCCCCCUCCCUUUCCAGUCCUGGAGGAGGUCCAGAAAAUCCUGCCUAUUCCACUCAACCCCAAGGUUUCCGUGGUGUCUCACCUGAGCCAGUCGGCACCCCUAAACCUCCUCAGCCAGUCGGCACCCACAGGUCUGGCGCACAUCCAAACCGAUCAUGCCUAUCAGGCGAUGGGUCCUACCGGGGUGCUGGCGGAUCUGAAGGCUCCCCCAGCUGGGAUGGAAAUCAGCAUAUCGUGGCAGCAGCCAGCCCUUUUCCCGCCAUCUCUGUCCCCCGUCCUCUUCAAAAGCCCCUCAAGCUGCCUGACUCCAAUCCGACCUGCCGAUUCAGAAGAGAAACGCCUGCAAGGCCCCCCUGUGUCAGUUGCCAAAGGACAGCCAUUAUUGCCCUCUUCUGUGCCAAAGCCUGCAACGGGCACCAGGUGGGUGGCUUUCCGUCACAUCUUCUCUUCCCCCACCCUCUGCUCCCCAGUCUGGCACCUCCAACCCAGUCUCUGGGUGACCCUAGUGCCCCCUGGCAGAGGGAAGCCUCUGCAGCCUCGGGAGGCUGAAAAACAGGACUUCUGGAAAUAG